UAGCAGCGUUUCUCUAGUCGAGGUGCAUGUCAGGACAUGUUGUCAUGCAUGGUGGAGAGGGCGUGGCGAAACAGGCAACGGCGGGAGUGAAAGCAAAGUGAUACCACUAUGAAACACUCUCCCCUGUAAUCAACAUUUGGACCAUAGCUCCGUAGAAACGGUUUGGAUAAGCAUCGAUUUCCAUGGAAUAAAAGAAGACAACACGGUUUGUAUGUGCUGACUGUUUUGACAAUCGUAGUUGGAAACGUGGAAUGUCACAAACUACAAGUGGACUUUCUUCAACAUCUAACGCAAGGACAAGCCGCGAGUCAAACAGCUUGUUGGACACAUAUUCUGAUGUCAACAAGCAAUCGACAGUGCCUCAACUACAGACAGAUUUACAGUAAUCACGAAUCAUCAGAUAAAGCAAACUGCACCUGGUAUGGCCCGCCCCCAGACGAAGAGUGGAGUGGACCACCAUGGUCGGGGCAGACAACACAGCUGCCGCAUGGAGGUCCAGCGGCCAGACACCUGGCCUGGUGGCAGCAACAACCCUCUCCAGGCUGCAUACCACCAGUCUUGCCAACUGCUCCCCAACAUGGACCCCCAGCCCAGGCAGGGCUCUCUGCCGCCCCAGCCCCAGAGAGAAGCCACCCCACCCCCCAGUGCCCAUCCACUGGACACCCCCACAAGAGCAAGCACAGACCCAGACAGAGAGCUCCAGGACACCACAGCCAGGGAUCCCCUGCCUGACCUGCUGCUCCAGAGAGAGCGCUCUCCCCAGGCUUCUCCCCAGCACAGAGCCCCUGGAGUAGCGGACCCGCGGUUGGACAACGAGGUGGUGGAAAGAGUGGCCAACCAGCUCAAGAGAAUCGGCGACGACUUGAACGCUACGAUCCUCCAGAGAAUGGGUGGCAACCCCCAACAGCAGGACUGGAGAGGCCUAUGUCUAGGAGUCCUCAACUUCCUCUCGGAUACCCUCAGCAUUCUGUACCGACUGAGAUAGACUGACCCUAGUGAUUGGACACGCCGGAGCUCCCUACUGGACCAAUCACAGACUGCUUCAGAAUGGACUCAGUCCGCUGGAACGGACGAACCCCUUUUGUUUAGUUUCUUUUGUACAUCUUGUGUAUAUAUAUAUAUAUUUUUCAAUCUCUCUUUGGGACAGCUCUUGAUGAAGCAUUCUGACCCAGGUUGUUCUCCCAGACCACGUGGGCUUGUGUGUGUUCCUGUCCUUCCUUGUAAACUGUGAAGCACACUGAUGUGUGGUGUGGUGGCGACGUGAGGGCUUUACCUGGUGGAGAGGCUAUGGCUCCUGUAUGUGUGUGUACAACUUCUUCCAAUUAAGGUCAUGGUACAGUAGAAUGAGCAAUUCAACUGCUCAACAGCAUGGCUUGAUGCGGGUACUGAGGGGCCUGUGUAGAAUCCCCUGUAAGUCACACUAUGGCUAGUACUACUCAGUUUAUAUCGCUGGAUGAGCCAAGCUUACUGCUGGGAUAAGUUAUAGCGAUAUACUAUAUGGGAUCUGCUGUAGAAGUCGGCCUAUUGUUUCAGACAGGACCAAAUUGACUUGGUAAACAAUGCCAGUACACUCUUAGUAAAAAUGCGGCUGUCCCCGUAGGAGAACACUUUUUGAUUCUACCUGGAACCAAAAGGGGUUCUUUAAAAGGGUUCUCCUAUGGGCACAGCCGAAGAUCCCUUUUAGGUUCUAGAUAGCACCAUUUUUUUCUAAGAGUGUAGUGGUGUAUAUAAAUUGAUAUGUAUGCUACUCUUCCCUUCAAAUCUGAAUACAUUUCAUUGACCUUUCUGUGCCUUUCUAUCGCUCCCAUCACCAGGACAAUCAGUGGUUGGUGUGUGGGACCCUGGAUGGAGCAGUGGUUCACACACACACACACACACACACACACACACACACACACACACACACACACACACACACACACACACACACACACACAGAACACUAUAUGAGCCAGUUACCAGACCAUCACCUCUAUUGGAGGCUCUGAGUUGAGCUGUAGCACUGUCGGACAAUCCCACUAUUAUUACCAGUGUUAAAUUGUUUGUAUAUAUUUGUUUUGGGAGAUGGUGGUUUGGUUUGGAGGUGGAUAGGAGCCAGUAACAAGGCAUCGUGAAGACCUGUUAUCAUUGGAUGAGAUUCAAUUAGCUUUAAACGUACUUAAAUUGUAAGUUCUCUGUUUGUGUUUGAAACCUGCCAUGUAUGCAGUUGUUUUUGUCUUUGGACCAACAGUUGGAAGCAGUUAGUGUAUUUAAAUCCAGUGGAUUUGAGAUGGUAUUUCUGGUUAAAACAUGACUUGGAUGUUUAUCUUUUCAUGAUUACUUAAGAUUACUAAAUGAUAAUCAAAUUGCCCCUCAAUUGUAUGAUACAUGUAUUGUAGUUUGGGAGAAGAAAGUGAAGACCUUUGUUUAUUUUGACGGUAACCACGUUUUGUAGCAUUUUGUUUCGUUUUCAAAAAUACAAUUUGUAUUUACUUUUUUUGUGUGAAAUAAGUUAUUUUGUUCUUUUCGUUCCUAAUAAAAAAUGAAUUCCAAAUUUAUUUGAAAGCCACGAACCCAUAAAAUGAGGAUUGAAAAAGCUUAAAGAUAAAUAUCUGACAAUAGACUGGAAUAACUUGACUAGUCAGUUAAUCCCCAGUUACACAAAGGGUGAACUGUCAACUGUGUUAAAGCAUUGAUAUCUGUCUUUGCAAAGGCAUUCCAUUGAAAAGUUUCCAUGGUCAGUUUGUACACAAAGUUUUAUUUCAAAGCAUCCAGGAAAGCAGGCCUUUUAAGAAACACAAACCAUUUUUGUGAAACAACAACUGUCCCUAUCAAUCCAAAGCAUUACAAAGAGGAACAACGUGUGUCCAAAUGUCUAGAAAGAGGUCACAACAAGCAAUGUAGUGAUUGAAAUCAGUUGAGAACGUUUGCAUGUCAAGUGGGAGAAACUGAGCCUUCACUGAAGCCAACAGUUUAACCUUGAACCCAUGAGGUUAACACAGUCCCAACUUGCCAUGUAAACCUGAAAUAGACGUUCGGAUGGAUACAACUGUGAUCAUCCUAUUUUCUGUGUUGCCAUACUGUAUCACUUAUAAGGCCUUAACAUUACUGCAGUCUGCUUUGUUUUCAGUUCAGGUUAUUUAUUUCUUUGAGCCCCUUUUUGCAAUGUCAUUACACCUUUAAGCAAAGAACCUGUGAGAAUACCCAACCACCUUUUUUUUUCUGUGGGAAACUGGGCGUCCCCAUAGCGUUCGGAGCACGUGUAGUUAAUUUCCUGUGACAGCCUCAUGACAUCCUGUGGUGUGUGCUGUGGCGUGGUCCACUUCCUGUGGCGACUAUGUGACUUCUUGUGGUUCCGUUCUCCAAUGUACUCUCUCACAGAGGGAUGGCACUGCUGUAAAGUAGCGGCUUUGUGGGAAUCUCAAUUUCAGUUUCAUGCUGUGUAAAUGUGCUGUUUUUGACUUUUUUUAAUGAACUUUCUACAUUAAUAUUUUGUACAGAUUUUUUUCCUAACAAUAAAGAUAUGAAAUCUA